ACAGUGCAUUUGAACAACUCAGCUGUUUAUUUGCUGUAGAUUACUGGAGAACAGCUCUUCAAAAAUAGUUUUUGUUAUAUCUUCUAGAUUUUUCCUGAAGGAAAGCUUAAUUAUGACGAUUUAGAGGUUUGUUAAAGGCACGUUUGACAUAAUCAGGCAAUCAGGAUUACACAGACCUGGGAGGUGAAGUUAGACAAAGCUGACAGGGUCUGCUGUCAUGUCCUGCUCUGUCACUCCUUCGUGAAGCGGAUAUCUCUCCAAUGUAUCGCCUAGACUUCUACCACAAACUCCAGGUCCCUGGCCACAAAGUGGGGUGCCAGUUUCCUCUUCCCAGCUUUGCCCAGUGAAUGACUACAAACACACAAACCAUUUGUGGACUAUCAGCCCUUGACAGGCUACAAAACAAAAUUUUAAAUUUGGUGCCUCCAUCAGGUGAAUACUUCCAACCUGCUCAGAGUUAAUUAUUUCUGGACCAAAGGAAGAUUACUCAAUAUUAUCUUCAACUGACAAUGGAAAAUAAGGAUGAAGCUAGUGAUUCUGAUAGUGGGGUAAUUCUGCAGUCAGGAUCUGACAGCCCUCAGUCACCAACGAAAGAUAAGUAUCGGUCUGUCAUUUCACGUAAGCAAAUGCUAGAAGAAACUCUUGAACUUUAUUUGGAUGAACUGAAAAAACUGUGUUUACGUGAAUCUGAGUUGACAGGGUAUUUGCCAAAAGAGUAUCCAUUAGCAGAAGGGGAAAAGCCACCCACAGUCCGGCGCCGUAUAGGAGCAGCCUUUCAGUUGGAUGAAAAGACAAUUACAGCUAAAGGAGAGGACUCUGAACUUGCCUCUCUGGAGAGAGACUUCGCCUUGCAGUUACAGUUUGUCGAGGCAGCCAAGCGCCUGUCACAAGAAGCAAAUCUAAGCAGGCAGAUAAGAAAACAAAGAAAACAUGCUUGUGUAAAAGAGCAAAAGAAACUAAAUGAAAUCAAGAAAGCCAUAAACGAGCAUCAAGAAAUGGCUGGUGGGCGAGUGCUGCAGACACGUAAUGUAAUUGAAGAAUUGAUCGCUUCUGAUGACAGUUCUCUAGAAGAUGAGAUGGGAAAUCGUUGUAGCCAAAAUUCGUCAACAGAAUUCUUGACAGCUGGGCAUGGAAUGCAAAGGAAUCACUCUCCAUUGCCCCCACUGCAGCCCAAUAGGCCAACCCCACCUCAAACUCUGGAAGGGCUUACUCCCGUCUUUUAUCAAUGCAGUGAUUAUGAAAAAUCACCAGUCACAGACACAGCAUGGAUGGAGUCCAAUCUGGAUGAACCAUAUGAAAAAGUGAAAAGAAGCUCCUCUUUGAGUAGCAAGUCAAGCAGUCCGACAGUGACCCCAUUGGAUUCUGUACCGGGUGACCUCAUGCCUUUACAACUUCUUGAAGUGAGGAACAACCUGUACCCAAAUCAAAAUUCAAUGAGUGCACCUUCAACCCCUGAACUACGAGGCCGCAUCCACCAUCAAAUGGCAAGAUAUUUAGAUGUGAACCAUUUCCCAGCCCCUCCUGAUCAAAGAGGACGCAGCGUGGUUCCCCAAAGAAGAUCAACAAAUUAUGCUGUCAUUGUACCCGAUUUUCGUGCUACUGGGAUGAAAAACAGUGAUAGUUUACACUUAAUGCCAAUUUCUUUGAGUGGGUAUGCCACCUCAGAGUCCAAUAGCUCUGGAACCUCAACUCCGACAUAUAUUCCAACUCCUAAUGAAUAUAAUGCAGCAGCAGCAAGGCAUUGGCAAAUUUAUAACUCACCUGUAAACCUGGAAACACCCAUGUUAUACGGUAGUGGAUUUUAUCGCUGUAAUCCAAGCCAGCCAUUCUCCCACUAUCGAGCAAUUGAACGCACAGAGGGAAAUGCGAUGAGUCAGAUGUGGGAAAAGGAUCCAAAUCGACAAUAUACCACCAUGCAAUACUUAAACCCUCCACUGUACAGAGAGUGCCAAUACAUUGAUGAGAAAAAUUCACCAACCGUGCAGCGAAUUACUCCAUCCCACUGCAGGAUAGUACGGACUCCUUCUCUAAAGGAAUACUCCAACAGGAGCUUGCUAAAGGAAGUUGUGUCAGAGGAGCUACAGUCUUGGCAUGAGCGCACCAGGCAGAGGAAUGGGCGUCCACAUUCAUUGGACAGACAGGGCGCCUUUCGAGGUCCACGUACACAGAGCAGAGGACGAGAACACUAUAUGUAUCGGCCAACACGCUCUAUUCAGUUCCAACAGAAGCACAUGUCACGCUGGAUCAAAGAAUCUCCACAAAACCAAUGGUACAUGUCAGAAGAAUCGGAAGUUGCACGCCAGUUUUAAAGACUAACUACAGCGAGUCAAAAUUUCUGAUAAUCUAAAUGAUUUGAUUUAUCAAUAAUGGUUACAAGAACAAUCAUGCACCUUGGUGAAUAUACACCACACAGCAAACUCCAUCCAAACUUGCAAUACUUACACAUGACCAAUAAGACUUUCAUCUUGAAUAAUGCAAAGAUCGCAACCAAGGUUUAUGCUAAAUAUUAAUACCAUUUUUGUUGAAUGAGCUCUAUUGCCCAUUCAUUAAUGUUAAUCCUUCUGUAUUCAUGGUGCUAACUGUAUCGGACAGCACUCCGGUAUAUUCAGCAGGUGAAGGGUGGCACCUAAUGGACAUCGGCACAUAUUUUGUAAUUCAAACUCUCUACAUAUCGAUGUUUCUUAACCAUUAUUCUUAUUUAUAUUUCCUGUUCUUUAAAUCUUAUUUAGAAAGUUAUAAAGGCUAAUCAAUGACUCAGUAUUUUCAUAAAGCAACUGCUUAAUAAGGAUAAAGAGCCAAAUAUGUUAAAAAACAGUGAUGUAUUUUACAGAGUGUGAUACACCGAGGUUUAAUAGUAGUAAACUGACAAAUAAAAUACUAGUGUAUCUACAAUACUAUCCUUUGUGUUUCGGUAUAAAUUGAUGUAUCAAAGUCAGAAAUAAUAUUCGAUUUAGGAGCCUGAGUCUUCCACAUUGGAUUUAGAUAUUGCCAAAAAAGUGCAUGAUUUCUAUCGAGAAUUGCUAUAAACCCCAGACCUGCCUUCUCUCCAGAUUUUUCGCUGUUCAUGACAAAAUCUGUUCUUGAAGUUAAGAGACAGAUUGACUGUUCCAUUAUUUUGACAGUAAUAAAAUAUAUGUUAAGUGAAAUGGAACAGUCAAGUCCCAAAGUGCUUCAUGGAGGGAUAAUCAAGAAAACAGCCAUCAAGUCGAAGACGAAAAUGAAAGAUUCAAAAGCUUUGUCAAAAUAAUAAGUUAUGAAAAGAAUUUAAGAUAGGACAGAAUUGAAAAUGGUAAAAGAUUGAAGAAUGUAUAUUCCAUUGAAAGACCUCACUUCAAGAAAGAAGGUAUGAGAUGAGAAAAUGAAAAGUAUAGCAAAGUUUAUCUCAGCUAGAUUCUAUGUUAACUGAAGACCCUAGUCCUGUGCUCCAAGCAGAUGAUAUGGCCUAGAUGGUCAAAAGCACAGCUACCCAUAGUAAGUAAAUGAGUAGUGGGUGUGGAUGGGAUUGGAAAAAGACAGAAGACUGGGAAUUGUUUUUUGUAGUGAAGGAGAAGGUUACAGAGAUGGGAAGAAUGACAUCUUGGAAGGAUUUAAACAAAAUGAAAAUUUAUAAAUUGAUGACCAGUAAAAUGAUACAUGCUACUUGCUAAAAUUUAACGAACCUUUCUAGAAUUACAAAAGGACUUGCCCAGAUGCCAUAGAAAAUUGGCUCAAACCUAUCUUUGGAAGUGGCACUAAGUGAAUUGCUCCUUCAGAGAGGUACUCAAGGGGCCAAAUGGCUGCUUUUAUAGUUCUGGUUUCUCUCUUGCAUUUUUUUAUCCUCUCAUGGAAUGUCGACUUUGCUGGCUGGACCAGCAUUUAUUUUCCAUUUCUACUGCCCUUCAGAAUGUAGUAGUGAGCUGUUUCUUGAACCGUUACUGUCCAUUGAUGUAGGUAGAUCCACAAUGCCAUUAGGGAGGGCGCUCUAGGAUUUUGUCCCAGUGACACUGAAGAAACAGCGGUAUCAUAAUGGACACCAGGUUGCUGAGUGGCUUAGAGGUGAACAUGCAGGUGAUGGUGUUCCUAUAUAUCUGCUCCCCUUGUCCUUUUAGCUGGAAGUGAUCAUAGGUUUGGGAAGUGCUGCUGAAGGAUCUUUCAUGAAUUUCUGCAGCACAUCCUUUAGAAGAUAUACACUGCUGCUGCUGAGGUGGUGGAGGGAGUGGAUGUUUGAGGAUGUGGUGCCAAUCAAGCAGGCUGCUUUGCCUUAAAUGUUGUCAAGUUUCUCUAAGGUUGUUGGAACUGCACUCAUCCAGGCAUGUGUGGAGUAUCCAUCUCUUGACUUGUGCAUUGUAGAUGGUAGGCAUGCUUUGGUAGUUAGGAGAUGAGGUAUUUGUUACAGUAUUCCUGAUUUCUGCACUGCUAUUUGUAGCAACAAUAAAUGGCUAGUCAAAUUCAGCUUCUGGUCAAUGGUAACCUCCAUGAUGUUGAUUUUCAUUACUGUUUGCAGUUAACAAAUUAUAUUAUGUCAUUACAGAUCACAUUUGUUCUUUGAUGAAGGGUCUAGGCCCGAAACAUCAGCUUUUGUGCUCCUAAGAUGCUGCUUGGCCUGCUGUGUUCAUCCAGCUCCACACUUUGUUAUCGUGGAUUCUCCAGCAUCUGCAGUUCCCAUUAGCUCUGAUCAUAUUUGUUCUUUGUUGGGAAUAAAUGUAAAGUUCAUGCAGUUGGGAAAUGGAGUCCGAGUAGUAACAGCUGAAAUUAUUUUCUACAUCUACUUGGAGCACAAGACCACAGUGUCUACUUAAAAUGAAAUUUUAGCUAAGAUAAUCUUCACUGUAAUUUUGAUUUUCUCAUCUCAUGUCUUUUUUCUUGAAGCGAAGAUUGCUGAUGGAAUAUGGCUUCACUGGCCACUGCAGUCCCUUCCAGUCACACCAAAAGGACUGAUUAACAGUUGUUAUUUACCAUCACUCCUUGCCCUAUCCCAUCUUCAAAUAAUAUCUACUUUCAAGUGAUGGCUUUCAUCCAUUUUGAGGAUGUGAAGACCAGUUGUGAUGCCUCAACUGAGACCAAUUAAAUUAGCACUGAACCUGUUAUUUCCAUGUAACGGAGUAUGCUAUUGUGGAAUCCUCCCCACAAAAAAUUAAAUAUAGUAAUUGGCUGACAACAUGGCCUUGUUUUCACAACUGCUUACAUAAACAAAAUCAGUAGAGAUAUCAGUCAUUCCCAAUAUGUGUCAAAUAUUAUCUGUUGAUGCAAGCUUCCCAUGUCCAGCUUUAGAUUUAGAGGGGAAACAUUUUAUAUUUUGGUUGUUCCUACAGGCAGGGAAAAGAAAUUGUUCAGGCCCCGCUUUACUGCCAGACUAGAAUGGUCUUUAUUGUGAAGACAAUUAAGUCAUCACCAUUUUGAGGAAGACCAAAAGGUAAAUUAAUACUUUUAUCUGUGGGCUGCAUUAACAGCAAUUGAGCGCCUUUCUUGAAAUAAGCAGAAAGAAAAAAAACUCAUCUUUUUGAAUUACAAAUAGAAUAAACAGGCUUUUAUCUGAUUUUUUUUCUGUGGGCAGAAUUUAAGAUUUUUAAGUACUGACUCCUUUUGCUUUCCCUGAUACUGUCACAUGCUGCUGAGAUACAGGCUCCAAUACAAAAAAAGUAUUUGAUAUCAGUUUUUAAAUGACAUUUUAA